GAGAUCAAAAUUUCGUCCGGAGAUUUAUAACACUGUUGUGAGUAAAAGGAAUGCUGAGAUUUAUAACAUCAUCAUCUGCGCCCAAAUUCUUCCCCACAAAACCUUUUCACAUCAUUUCACCCUUUUCAUCUCGCUUAUCAGUUCGUUCCAUGGCUGACUCUGCUGCUCCUUUCAGCAAAAUCCAGAUUCAAAGGGAUGAUAACACAACAUUUGAUGCUUACGUCAUUGGCAAACACGAUGCUCCUGGAAUUGUUGUUCUCCAGGAGUGGUGGGGUGUGGAUUUUGAAAUUAAAAAUCACGCUGCCAUGAUUUCUCAACUUGGCCGUGGAUUUAAAGCUCUUAUCCCAGACCUGUAUAGAGGAAAGGUUGGUCUGGAUGUUGCAGAAGCACAGCAUUUGUUUGAUGGUCUUGAUUGGCCAGGUGCUGUGAAGGACAUUCAUGCUUCAGUUGACUGGCUUAAAGCAAAUGGUUCAAAGAAGGCUGGUGUAACUGGAUUCUGUAUGGGGGGUGCUCUUGCAAUUGCAAGCUCUGUCUUGGUUCCGCAUGUUGAUGCUGUUGUAGCUUUCUAUGGAGUUCCUUCUUCAGAACUUGCAGACCCUGCUCAAGCCAAGGCUCCUGUUCAGGCUCACUUUGGAGAGCUGGACAAUUUUGUUGGCUUUUCAGAUGUUACGGCUGCCAAGGCUUUGGAGGAGAAGUUGAAGGCAUCUGGAAUUCCACAUGAGGUACACAUAUACCCUGGCAACAGUCAUGCAUUCAUGAACCGGUCAACUGAAGGAAUCAAUAGGAGGAAGAACAUGGGAUUGCCUGAUGAAGAUGAAGCUUCAGUUCAGCUCGCGUGGUCUCGCUUCCAAUCGUGGAUGACACAGUACUUGUCCAGCUAGGUAAUUUAUUACUAGCUGAGAUAUUGUGUAAUGCCAUGUUCUAUCUUAGGAAGUACUGUUGUAAUGGUUUCAUCUAACGAUGUAUGUGUUCUAAUUAAUGCUUCAACAUGGAGUGUUGAUUGAAUAAAUAAAUAAAUAUUGGGUUGAAACUCUAGUGAACCCGCAAUAUAAGUGUCUUAACUUGAACCUACAGCAUUUACCAUUCGAUAUGUUUAUAUUUAACUUGAUGGUUGGGAUGAA